UAAACACCACUACACCAUCUCUAAACCAAGUUGAUCCUACACACAACACUUCUUUGGUGAGCAACACCAAAAAGAGAGAAAAAAAAGGAAAAAAUGGAUACAACUUAUGUUGUUGGGUUGAUAUUGGGAUCUAUUUUUGUGGUGCUUAUUCCGAGGAUCUGGAGCGUAUUGGCAUCUGUGCUGUGGAGGCCGUACGUAAUAAGUAAAAAGUUUAGGGAUCAAGGGAUCGAGGGGCCCGAGUACAAGCUAUGGGUAGGAUCAACUGAGGAGAUCAAGAGAAUGAAAAGAGAAGCUCAGGGGAUUGUGUUGGACAUACACUCACAUGAUUUCACCACAAGGAUUUUGCCUCACUAUCCCAAAUGGAUUUCGCAAUAUGGAGGAACCUUCUUGUUUUGGUUUGGACCAAGACCAACUUUGGCAAUCACCAACCCUGACAUGGUGAAGCAAGUGCUCUCCAACAAGUUUGGGUUCUACGCCAAAAAUGAUCCCCACCCAAACAUACAAGCUCUCUUGGGGAAGGGUUUGGUCCUCACAAAUGGCCAAGAUUGGGCUCGCCACAGGAGGGUGGUGAACCCUGCUUUCACCAUGGACAAGCUCAAGAUGAUGACUACGAAAAUGGCGCAAAUAGCUCGAUCCAUGAUGGAGGAGUGGGAGACGCAGAUGAUCCAAAAUGAGAACAAGGAAGCAGAAGUAGAUCUAAGCUUGCAGUUUCAGGAGUUGACUGCCGAUGUGAUCUCCCACACAGCUUUCGGAAGCAGUUAUAAAGAAGGAAAAGAAGUCUUUCUUGCACAAAAAGACCUUCAGAUUCUAGCCAUGAACAACAUUCUCAAUGUCCAAAUACCAGGGUUCAAGUAUCUUCCAACUAGCAAGAAUCUACAAAAAUGGGAAUUAGAAAGGAAGGUGAGGACAAUGCUGAUGCAAAUAAUACAAUCACGGCUCAACACGAAAGAAACUGGCUACGGGAAUGAUCUGCUGGGGUUGAUGCUCGAGGCUUGCACGUCGACGGACCACCGUGACGAGAAAAGAGAGGAUUCUAGAUUGAGCAUGGACGAGAUCAUCGACGAGUGCAAGACGUUCUUCUUCGCGGGCCACGAGACGACGUCGCACCUUCUAACUUGGACCAUGUUCCUCCUGAGCACACACCAUGAGUGGCAGGAGAGGCUCAGGGAGGAGGUGAUGAGGGAGUGUGGAAAUGAAGUUCCUAAUGCAGAUAUGCUCAGCAAGUUAAAAUUGGUGACAAUGGUUCUCUUUGAGACCCUGAGGCUGUACGGUCCAGUGGUCCAACUACAAAGGAAAACAGCCAAAGACAUGGAGCUGGCGGGCCUGAAGAUCCCCAGAGGCACCGUGGUCGCAAUGCCGAUCAUGAUGAUGCACCGCGACAAGGUGGUGUGGGGCGCCGACGCCGACAAGUUCGACCCGUCGAGGUUCGAGAACGGGGUCUCGAGGGCCGCCAACCACCCGAACGCGCUGCUUUCGUUCUCGAUCGGCCCCAGGUCGUGCAUCGGGCAGAACUUCGCGAUGCUGGAGGCGAAGACCGUCGUCGCGAUGCUGCUGCAGCGCUUCUCGUUCACCAUCUCUCCCAAGUACGUGCAUGCGCCGAACGACGUGCUAACGCUGCAGCCAAAAUUUGGGCUCCCCACAGUGUUGAAGCCCCUGCAUGUCUAAGAGAUGUGGAUACAUAUAACUAUAUAUAUAUAUAUAUAUAUAUAUAUAUAUAUGAAUGUUGGUAAUAGUAAUUGUUAGCUAGAGUCUGGCUACUAUACUAUCGGUAGCACGGGGCCUCCCGUGCUACCGAGUUGUUUUCGAUGAUGCGGCUUCCAAAUCGA